UGUAUCGAUCGACGUGAGCUUGGUAGAUAUAUUUUGAAAAUUGACUUAAUUUUAUAUAUCUAUCAAUGCAAUUGACUUAUUAAAAUUACAAAGUAAGUCUGUAAGAUAAUAUUUCUUUCUUCAAGUAUUGCGAGAAUCCGAAAACGAAUCAGGUAAUCACAAGUGCAAAUUGUUACUUUCUUACAUUUCUAUCUUUCAGGAAAUAGGCUGAAAGAAAAAAUGCUACCUCGCACGUAUUAUAAUGAACAAGACGUAAGAAAGAGGCAAAUAGAUACACUGAAAAUAUUUAACGAGCAUGUUGUGGAAGUAAUGGAGAAUACAGAUUAUAGAGUUGAAUUUUCAGUUGACGGGAAAGAUAUGAGCUUAAACGUUAUAUUGAGCCCGGAAUUUCCUAAUGAAAAACCUACCAUAUUUGUUAAUCCUCUUAUACCUCAUCCAUGGAUAGCAGAAAACUCGAACCAGGUUAUCGGAGCUCCAGGUCUACUUAAUUACACUCAGCACUCCGAUCUAGGUCGAAUUGUACAAGCCAUAAUCAGAGAGUUCCAACGUUCACUUCCUAACCUUGUCACUAAUGAUGACAAAACUAAUGAUGUUAGUCCACAGUCACAUACCAGUCCACAUUUGAUGUUGUUUCCGGAACUGAGCGAAUUGACAGUGGAAGAAUUACAGGAGAUACUAGAGAAUACAGAUUUGCAAGAUAAACUUUUAGAAAACAAUCCUAAACUGAUUAAAUUAGACUUGGAAACUGAAGAGCUAAUGUGCAGCAUAGAAGAGAUAGCACAAGACAAUAUAACCAAACAACAAAUGCUGGACGAUUUGAAGACUGAUGUGAUUGACCGAAUCUCAACAAUCGUUCAAAUGAAAAUGAAUUACGAGGAGUUGCACAGGAAACAUCAGAAAUUGGCGGAAAUGUACGAUCCACAUAGAAUAAGGGAUUGCUUGAAAGAGGCCACAUUGAAGGCUGAUGAGGAAGCGGAGGUUAUCGCAGAAUUGUUUCUAUUGGGAAAAAUAACAGUUGAAGCGUUCAUAAGUAAAUUUGCUGAGAAGAGAGCUUUAGGACAAGCUAGGAGAGCAAGAGAGGAGAGAUUGGCACAUCAGUUGGCGCAACUGGACCGAGCUACUACUUAAAUUAUUUAGUAGUGCUAAUAAUUUAGCUGUUUAGGGCGAUACUCACCAACAGCGUUUAUAUUAAAUAUGGACAUUUUAAUUAUUUUUCCAUAACUAGGUAUUAUAUAAACGAUAUCAUUGAAAACCGUUUACAGAUAUCGAUAUUAAUCGUACCUUCGCUAUAUCAAAACUGGUAAUAUUUGCUUACAUUAGAAAGAGUA